AUGGCAUCAAAGCAGCAGCAAUGCAAUGUGUCUACAUUAAAAUAUUUGGGAGUCCAUUUAACUUCUAACCUUACAUGGAAUGAUCACAUUGAUGAAAUAAUUUCGAAAGCAAAUAAAACACUUGGAUUCAUUAGGCGAGAUUUGUAUUUAGCAAAUCAGUCAACUAAAUUAUUAGCUUACACAGCCCUAGUUCGCUCAAAGAUUGAAUACGCUUCCAUAAUAUGGAAUCCAAAUCAGACUUACCUAAUAAACAAGCUGGAAUCUUUACAAAAUAAAGCAGCACGCUUCAUCACUAAAACAUACUCUAGAACAUCCAGCAUCACGGCUAUCAAAGAGUCCCUCCAAUUACCGUCUCUAGAAACACGACGACUGUUAGCACUACUUUCCCACUUCCACAGAUUGUAUCAUAUCCCCUCAUCCUUUACAGCAUCCCAUAUCAGACCCCCACAAAAGAUUUUCGCCCGCCUCGACCAUCCCUUCAAAGUGCGUCCCAUGUUUGCGCGUACAAAUCUCCUGCGACAAUCACCGCUCUUUCUAGCUAUUCAUCACUGGAAUAAGCUGCCAAAAGAAAUUGCUUCUAUACGUGAUCAUGACUCAUUUGUAAGUAAUUUGAAGCGCAGUUUUACGCAUGUUGGGUAA